AUGGAUGGACCAAUGCUUGACCUCGCUUCCAUCGGAUCUGCAACCGAGGAUUUUGCACUGAGAAAUCAGCUUGGGGAGGGAGGAUUCAGUGUAGUUUACAGGGUAUUUAGUCAUUUCCUCUGUUGCAAAAGCGAACUCCCGGAUGGUCAGGAAAUAGAUGUGAAGAGAUUAUCACGCAAUACAGGGACGGGUUCAAAGCAGUUUGCCAAUGAGGUGCAGGCACUCCCCACACUUCGACACAAAAAUCUUGUCUGUCUUUUGGGAGGCCUUUUGGAGGGUGAAGAAAAGAUACUUAUCUACGAGUAUGCAGCCAACGGCAGUCUCGACAAUUUUCUGUUCGGGGUGGGAGUAAAGCACAUGCAAUUGGACUGGGCAGCACGGUCCAAUCUCAUAAAUGGCAUAGCUAGAGGGCUUUUAUAUCUUCAUGAAGAUUCUCUACUGAAAAUUGUCCACAGGGAUCUAAAAGCAAGCAACAUAUUAUUAGAUAAUGACAUGAAUCCCAAGAUCUCAGACUUUGGUAAUGCAAAGAUAUUUGACACAGACCAAACACAAGUAGACACUUUGCAGAUCAUGGGGACUCGCGGAUAUAUGGCACCGGAAUAUCUUCUUGGAGGAACAGUAUGGGUAGAGUCAGAUGUUUUCAGCUUUGGGGUUUUGCUGCUGGAGAUCAUAAGUGGAAGGAGGAAUUUCUUCUCAAGUGAAGGAGGGAUAGACGAAAGUCUACUAAAUUACGUAUGGAGACUUUGGGGGGAGAACAAAGCUCUACAAGCUGUGGAUCAAAUAUUGGUAGGAACAUCUGAGGAAAAUGAAAUAUUAAGAUCCAUCCAUAUUGGUCUGCUAUGUGUCCAAGAAGAUGCAUCAAGCAGACCUAAAAUGUCCAAGGUUGUUGCCAUGCUUGAAAACAGCUCGUUGGCACUUCCAUCCAUUGUGAACCCUGCUCCUCCUACCUGGAAAAGCAGAAACAUUCCUUUAGGACCGCAAACGAGCUCAACUAGGUCAGGGAUUAGUUCAGAGUUUGGUUCGUCCACCUAG